UCACGAUAUGGUCGUGUUAAUGGUUAUUGUUAUGUUAAUGUCUAAACAUACACAUAUAUUUUUAUCACGUUACCAAAGCUCACCCCUGGAUUUAUCCCGAUUCCACAGUGGUAAAUGUUCCCGAUACACAUUUCCCAAAUUUCAUCAACGAUUCAAUCUUGACUUUUUAUCAAAUGUGUACGGGAAGAAGAAUUGGAAAGUCCAAAGUGUUUAGGGGAAAAAUGGAAAUGAAGAGGCAAAAGGACGAUAAAGUGAAAGUCAAAUUGGCCAGAGACACAAAAUGAACAGUUUCUAAGUAGUGAGAUGAAAAAACAAAAUAAUUAAAGACACAAAAAAGCAUCACAAAAUGUCUGCAAAGACUCGACACAACCACAAAGUGAUGCAAAAGAGCUGCAGGGAAUAAUUAAGACAUAAAAUGACAUUGAGAGACACAAUGCAUAAGUAGUAAGAGAAGCUAAAUGAGCACAAAUAUGCUAAUUGUCUUGUCCAAUCUGGGGGGGGGCUUCCUCUUGUGUUGAGAGAUGGGGGGGGGGGGGGGCUUUGCUUGUCUGUGCCCCUCGACUCAUUAAGUUACCAAGUUCAGAACAUGUAUUACGGCCCUGGACCAAAAGUUGGUGUUAGCAUAGAUUUUAACCAGCUAAGCUAAUGUGAGUUGAACAUCUAAGCUAGCUGAUUAACAGCUAAAUACGUUUUUGGGUUUUUUUACGUUUUCUCCAGCUGCCACUACUCUUUUCUUUUGUUCGUUCCUCUCAUCCACGUCCCAUCUGCACCUGCACUUGAUAUUUGAUAUCAUAUUUCCACCACACCUCCUGUGUAUUUGCCCACGUUAGCUUUCACCGUUUCACCCGCGUGAGGGAAGACCCCGCCAUUCCCGUGACGUCACCUCCAAACGGUCCAAUCAGAUCGUCGGAUCCAAACGACCGUUAAUGACGUCGCUAUAUAUAUAUAUAUAAAUAUUUAUUUAUUUAUUUAUUUUCCUCCACCCUCUCGCCCGUCCGCCAUUUUGGGAGUCAAACAAGCCGACGACCAGCGGCGCGUCUCUCCCUCCCUCCCCGUGGCCGAUGUGACGAUGGUUCACACGUGUGUGGUGGCGGGCUGCAGGAACAGACGGACCCCCGGCACCGGCCUCUCGUUCUACCGCUUCCCCCGGGACCCCGACCGGAAGCAGCGCUGGAUAGCCGCCGUGAACCGGGAGGGCUGGGUGCCGAACGACGGCAGCCGGCUGUGUAGCACUCACUUCAUCUCAGGUAAACAGGUGAAGAAUCCGCGUUCGCCGGAUUACGUUCCGUCUGUGUUCACGGCUGCUCCCUUGUCCCCGGAGAUGAAGGAGCCCGGUGCCUCGGAGGUCCUGGACAUCAAGCAGGAAGCGCGCGUGGAGGCGGCCAACGCCUUGUUGUUCCUGCAAGGCCAGGGCGGGUCAGUGGUUGGGGGGGAGCGGGGCCGGGAGGAGGAGCAGCAGCGUCCCGAGGAGGAGAGAGGGCAGGAGGCCGUCGUGGAGGAAAGUCCAUCCUCUUCCCUCAGCACUGACGACGAUGACGACGACCAUGAUGAUGAGGAGGAUGAUGAUGAUGAUGAUGAUGAAUCUGUGAGUGACUGCAAGAAGGGAAAGUUCGCCCCAUUGUCCAAUGCGGCCGUGAACUUUGACGACCUCCUGAGAGCCCUGAAGAAGGAGAACCAGGCACUCAGGGAGUCUGUGGAGAAAAUGUCCCUCUCUGAGAACUCCCUGAGGAACGAUGCGGAGAAGGUAAAGUUCUACACCGGCCUACCGAACUACUUUGUCCUGGAGACGGUCAUGUGGCUGCUGGCGCCGCACAUGGACGUGAUGAAGAACGUCAAGCUCUCCAAGUUCCAGCAGCUGCUGCUGACGCUGAUGCGACUCCGCCUGGACCUGCGCAACCAGGACCUGGCGUACCGCUUCGGCGUGAAGGUCGCCACCGUGACCAGAACGGUGCACCGCAUGGUCAACAUCAUGUCGUCCACGCUGGUGCCGACCGCCGUCUUCUGGCCCUCCAGAGCCGAGCUCCGGAAAAACCUGCCGGUGGCCCUGCGCGCCGCCCACCCCGACUGCGCCGUCAUCAUAGACUGCUUCACGGUGCCGUUCGAGGAGCCGGCCUCCCCGGCCAACCAGCAGCAGCAGGAGAAGCCGAUGGCGGUGCCGACCUCUCAGGAGGUGGAGUCGGGUUAUAAUGUGUUGAAGUACCUGAUCGGUGUGGCGCCGCAAGGAGUCGUCACCUUCGUGUCUCGAGGCGUGCCGGGGAACGUGGGCGACAAGAGCCUGGCAGAGGGCUGCGGCUUUCUGUGCAAACUUCUCCCAGGCGACGUCGUGCUGGCGAGUCGCAAUCUGGACAUCGCCGAUUCCGUGGCCGCCCGCGGGGCGCUGUUAAAAACCGCUCGCGGCCACCAAGGAGAGGCGAACGGGAGCUCUGAGCAGGGGGCGUCGUCGGCUGACACUUCCGCCGAGACGGCGAGCGUGCAGCGGCACGUGGAGAGGGUGAUCUCCAUGGUGAAGCGCCGGUACGCCAUGCUCACCGGCCCCGUCGAGAGCCCCUUCACCGCGGCCACCGAGCGCACGUCGAACCUCUCCACCUUCGACAAGAUCGUGCAAGUUGCUUGUGCCUUAAACAACCUGUGCAUCUCCGCCGCUCCACUGGAGUGACGUGUACAGAAAACGCCUCGUGCUCCUCGGGCACUUGAAAAUCCCUUUACCGCUCUGGACCUUAUUCCAUGUUCUCCCACUGCUUCAUUCCCGUGUCAACACAAACUACCUUAACCUACCACCACAGAAAGUUAGUUUACACUAAUCCACUUUAAUUCUCACACUCGGAGAGUGUUUGUGUGACACACUGAUACUUAGGGCAGGAUGUACUUUGAAAUGGGAGCUUCCCUGCAAGAUCCAGAAUCCACAUUGCUAAAUAGUGAUGUCAUGAAAGUUACGCAACGCGACUGACAAAGAAUUGCAGACUUUGCAAAAGGGCGUUUUUUAAAUUAUUAUUAUUUAUUUAUGUAGGCUUCAAAUGAGCACUGUGUGCGUAAAAAAAAAGUCGUCUACAUGAGUCUUUUGUAAAUACUGAGGUGUAUAAACUGCAAAUUGGCUGGUUGCAGGAAAUGAUCCCGUUAAUCCCGUCCUGUUUGUGAGAGUCUGCAACUUUUUGUCACUCCCAGCAAACAGUUCAGCAGCUGACUUGACUGAUUAUUUUCUCCCUCUGUUGCAGAAAGUAGGGGGGGGGGGGGGUUGUUGGCUGUUAUUUUGCUCCUCUGCUUAUAAAUCAAGAAGGACACACACACACACACACAAUAGCUGCCUUUUCACCUUGCAGGAAUAAAAACACGUCAUGGUUAAUGAGGGUUAAUGAUGAAUCACUGGGCAAUAAGAUACAUCGGCUAUAUUUUGGCAACUUCACACUUUUUUUUUUUUUUUGCCAGUCAGCCACAGUUUAAACACAAGGAUGACGAGUCACGUGUUAAUUUAUGUGCUCGUUUCAAGUGGUUCUUUGAAAAUUUCUUCCUGGUUUACUGCACAUGUCGGAGAAGCAGAUGUUCACUUACCUAGUGCAAAUGCCAUUGAUUUUUUUUUUCCUGGCUGCCCCCUUUGCAAAGAUUUCCAGAGAAUGUUUGAGUGAUCCCAUGUGAGAACAGAGCAGGAAUAUCUCCAGAAUAUUCACGGCUAGCAAGUGUUCGCCUUCACCCAGAAGCAACCCCUCGCUUGAAUGUUCCAGAAAUGUUGUGAACGCCGGAAAAUGUCCGGAAUGACCCAAUGCUCUGGACAUUUUCAAGUCUGAAAGGCGCUUAAGUAGGAUUUUUCUAGUGAAGAAGGAAAGAAAAGUUUUGUUCACUGUGUUUCCAGGUUCGUUUCGCAUAAAUAUCUUUAGUAGCUUUAAAGGGAUAGUUCAGUGAUUUUGAAGUGGGGUUGUAUGAGUUACGUAUGCAUAGUUUAUAUGUUACCUCAUGGAGAUGGUGAUCAGCGAUGUCAUUUAACGGAGUUUGGAGGAGAAGUGGAAGUAGUGAAAAGUCGGAGCUCUACUGUUUCAGAGAUGAACCACCGAAAAACGUCUUUUUCGCCACAUUUUAAAAUGUUACCUAAAAAAGAAAUAUAUUCGUUCAAUUGUACGCUAAAGGACGUAUUUUUUUCACUGCUUUAGUUUGCCGCCAGAAAGACAUUUGCACUUUUUUUUCAAGUGUACUUUGGCCGUGUGUUACUGCGGCAACUAAGUAACCCCCUUAAAAAUCGCUGAACUAUCCCUUUAAUGUCACAUAGCACAGAGCAGGACAAACUCAUGAUGUGGCCUCUGCCGCCCGCCACAAAGUAAAAAAAAAAAUGCACAGGCAGGCGUUUGUGUACUCGCUGCCAGUCUUUUACACGCCUCUGCAAUUCUUCUCGUCACACUGAAUCAAAGUAUCAUUGCAAGUGAUUGGGGGAAAAAAUUCCCCCAAAGGCAACCAGCGUUCGUUCCGGGGGCUGGGACAGUACAGUGUUGUUGACGAGGUGUAAUUGAGUUUGUUCGGCUGAGCGCGUCGGAACUCCGGCACUCGCAGAAUGUACGUGUGAUUCGCGACGGAUUCAUUCUCAUCGUCGGCUUUUGUUCAAUGUGUUCUGCUCUAAUUGAUCGUGGCCACGCCGGACCGUGAGAACAUGCCGCUGACGAGGUUUUCUGUCAGGGCACGAGGCCGGAGGCGUGUUUCUUUUCUUCCAAGAGAGGUCACCGGCAGCAGCAGAUGAAAUGCAUUUAGGAGGUUUUUUAAAUAGAUUGUCCAUUUAGGCUGAGAUAUGGGCUUUCGUGUAGAGUGAAAUGUGUUUUGACUAAGUCUUGAGGAAAACCCGUGCGAAACAUCACCGUGCGUCUUCUGUUGUCCUGCAUCGCCGGUGCCUUAGUUCGUGAAGCUGCUACAAAUCAGCCUGCCUUUUCUAUAGAUCUUUAUUUUUGCAUCCUACAACAUGCUUUAGGGACUCUCUUCUGGUUUGGAUACUAAGCUAAAUGUGCGUGAACAGUCGUGUAUAAAUUCCAAAGUGAUGACAAGUGGAUAUGGUUAUAACUUGAGGGGUUGUGCCUAACAGCAGCCGAGCGGCUCUUGUGCUUUGGCUCGGGGCACUAAAUUAAUCAGAAAAGGUUUUUAUUUUCCCAGAGAUUAAACUGUGUUCGUCCGUCCCCGGUGCUCGGCUUUAAAAAAAAAAAAAAAGAAGAAGAUGUCUGGUCCCUGAGCAGUGUUGGGUGCAGAUAGACGUAUAAGCAUGAUGCUGUGGUUACCCCCCAAACGUGGAACGUGCCUUUUUCUGUUCUCAAGCUCCCCCCCUGGAUGUCCUCCUCCUUGGCCCAUGGUGUUGUUUUCACGUGCUCAUAAUGUUUGUUAAACUUUUUUUGCUGUUGGGGAGGGAGGUGGCGUUUUUGUUUUUCCAGGUAAACCAUGAUGGUUGUCACUGCAAAUGUUGAGUAUUCCAUUUGUUUCAAACUAAACCACAAUAUCAAAUGAAUCAGCAUCAGGUAAAACUUUUGACUCGCCACACACUGAUCUCUGUAAAGAGUUGCUGCUACACCGUAAGAGUAAUAAUUUUGAAUUUUGACAUUGGUACGACAUCUUUUUUUUCAUUAUUUCCUUCCAUAUUUAUUACUGUUGUCGCCUGUGAAAGCAUAAAAUGUCACCACUUCCUGUAGUGGAUCAGUAUGGGGGACCAGUGUUAUAAGAACAAUGACUAGAACCUUUAAUAAACAAAUGUAUGUUGAAUUUUAUUUUGUGCUGAAAGAAGUUAUUCAUAUUUUACAUAUAAGGGGGAUGUCUGGUUCUAUUUUCGUUAACUUUUAAUUGACAAAGCUUCUACUUUGAGAUAAUUCAAACAUGUUCUGAGACAAACCGUUUCAUGUCUUUGUGUUUUGUUGUUGUUGUUGUUAUAAACUGAUAUCUGUUUAUCUCACACUAUACACUUCUGUCCUUAUCCUGUUUGCCUUUAUCGUUAUAGUUGCAUGUGCCUCCACGUUCUGUAACGUCUACAGGUUUUCAUCUUUCUUUAGUUUCUCUGUGACAUGAUUAAAUUAAACCUUUGGGGAAAUGCCACAGGA